AUUCACAAAAAAACUUAAAACCACGCAGCAGGCGUACUCCUUACUCUUACGACUGUUUGUUGAAUCUACCCCCCCUUUUUUGACGAUUUUCAAAUCAUUUUUCAACGCUACUUUAAAGUUAACGGAGAGAAGUUUUUGGCUCACUGUCCCGGGUGAAGUCUCAUCACUGCGUCUAUUUGGGGGUGUGACAGCACUCUCCGUUACAGCUGUGCCGGGCUUGUUUAUGAGUUGAACAGGUUGCUUUACGGAGCGGUAAGAGAAGACACACGCACACCGGCAUUUCCAUUUGACACAUGCCGGUACCGACUGCCCGCUUGCCGGAGGACUUUGCCGGUCAGAACCGCUGCUCGAUGCUUGUGUAUGACAUGAAUGACAAACAGGACAGGCCUUAUGUGUGCAGCGCUCACGGCUGCUCUCAGCGCUUCCAGUUAGAGGAGCACCUGAUCAUCCACAGACACAAGCAUGAGAUGACCCUCAAGUUCUCCUCCAUCAAGGCAGAUACAGCGUUUACAGAUCAAACCCCAACACCAACAAGAUUUCUGCAAAAUUGUGAAGAGGUUGGUCUGUUCAAGGAAAUCGAGGAGGAAUUUCUUCAGGCAGAAGAAGAGGAGAAGAGCAAACAGACACUCUCUCACAAUGGGCCAUCUUGUAUGACCCAGCAGCAGCAGCUCAAACCCCAGCUACAAAUCCAGCAACCACAUCCCCAGCCUCAGCACCCACCACUGCACCAUCCUCAGACCCAUCACCUGCGGCAUCCCCAGCCUCAUGGUCCCCUUAUGAGCCCCAGCUGCAGCCUAGCUGCCCAGCAAGCUCUAUCUUGCUCCCAGGCUCUGUCCUGCUCCUCAGCUCUGUCCUGCUCCCAGUCUGGAUCCGUUAUCACCCAGGCCCCUUCCACCCUAACACACUCAGGACCAGUUCCCGGGCCGCUGUCCUCCCUCCUCCACAUGAGGAACAGACACAGACAACCGCUGCCGGCCUCCUUACCUGGCACCCUGCCAGACCCUGCCAUGCAAGGGGCAUCUGCUCAGCACAUGCCUAUAGAGAAGCAGAUGUCGUGUUUAAUGGGUAUACCAGGUCCUGUACAUAACCCCACCUGCUCCUCGCCUCAGAGAUCCAAACAGACACUGGGGCAUCAUUUCCAACAGCACCACCCAGGAAUGGUCAGCGUCAACAACCCUGCGACAUCCAUGGGCCACAUGAUGGAUAUGAUGACACAACGUCAUCAGGCCCCUCCGCUACAACACCACCACCAUCCUUCGCCUUCCCAUCAUCACCAUCAUCAUCAGGCACAGCUUCCAACCCAACACAUCCCGUACCAACCGCGAUGCCAUGCUCCAUCUCCGCAGCAUCUAGGAAGCCCCCACAGGCACCAGCUUCACCAGUCAGUGAAUGUACCACACGCUCAGGCUCACCAAUCACCUCCUCCCCAUAUGCAUCAGGGUUCGCCUCCUGCACCUCCUCUGUCUGUUCCCCCACAGUUAUCACCAGUUGCCCAGCAGAUGCAACACUCACAGUCACCCCAAUCCCAGCAUGCAGUGCAGGUUGGUGGUAGCUGCAGCGGAGGAGUAGGAGGCGGUAACCGUCGCAGGAGGACAACAGAGCAAGACCCUGAUGAGCGCCGACAGAAGUUUCUGGAACGUAACCGGGCUGCAGCCACACGCUGCCGACAGAAAAGGAAAGUGUGGGUGUCCUCUCUGGAAAAGAAAGCCGAGGAGUUGACGCACACAAACCUGCAGCUACAGAAUGAGGUCACGUCGCUGCGGUCGGAGGUGGGUCAACUGAAGCAGAUUCUGCUCACACACAAGGACUGUCCCGUCACCGCCCGGCAGAGGGAGGCGCAGGGGUUUCCCACUGCAGGGGUGAGCCCAGGAGGAAGUCCCACCCCUGUAGGUCCUGGGUCUCAUCUGCAGGCCAUCCAACACAACAGCAUCUCCACCUCCUCGACACGGGGCACGACCUCCAGCUGGGACACCAACCUGCAACAUACAGAGGAGGGGGAGGGUCUGGAAGUGUGAAUCGCAUUAGACUUGAUGAUCUAUCUGUCAUAACUACACCUUAGUCUCACUUGGAUGUGGAUCCAUGUCUCUGUCCAUUAAAUACAGAAAUACCACUAACUAAUACAAAAUCCAUAACUGGUCAAAAGCAGCCUUUUCUGCAAGCCUGUGAUGGUAACGACUGGGUAAUCCUGUGUUUAUUCAGAAAAUAUCACUCUGUUUAAAUCAAUUUCACCCUCGCCUUCUACACACUGACAUUGCACAAACACAAUCCUUUCAGUAUAUUUUGCUUCUAUACUUUGCACUAAUUUAAAAAUCAAAGCUCAUGUAUUGGUUUUAUAUUUGUAACUAAGCUUAUGCAAUUGCACACCCUAUGCCUUCUCUGUGACGCAGAGGUAGCUUAUCAAAACUUUGUAUUUUUCUACAAGUAUUCAAAGGACAAAAAAAUGUUUUAUUUAGAUUUCAAACCCAGGUUCGUCUCAGAAAGCCAUUUCAGAAAAUGAUUGUAUAGAAUUUCCCCACAAGCACUUCUUUUAAAAACUACCCUGAGAAGGUAAAUAGCUUAACAUUUUACCUCACGUCUCAGUCCCUGUCAGUUGAUAAAAUAAACCUUGUUUUCUGGUAUUGUUUUCUUAAUGUCUGUUUCAAGUAGUUUUGAUGAAAUUAAGUAGUUUUAUUUUGAAAUUGUUACAUUUAUUUUGACACGCCAGCUAUGAAUGUUCAUACAGUAUGGUCUAGUCUGCCAUCUAGUGACUGCUCCUGUUAUUGAACGUUAACUAUAAUGGAGUGGUUAGCACACAGGAUUAGAACUUGUUUUAGAUUGCUCCAACACAAACAAAUAUAUAUUUCUUUAUUUUUUGUACACAAAAACACAGUUUGUAUGGCCUCUUGUUUUUU